UGCCCUGCCGGGAGGGGGAGGGCGCACGGGAGGAAGGAGGAAGCCGCCAUCUUGGAGCGUCGAGUCGCCAUAACAAGGCACCAAGGGGGAGCGAGAGGAUUUUAUACCUGGGCGAGGGGGGGGAGCGCGGCUGGUGGCGAUUGAAGCAAGUGAAUUCUGAUAUAACUCAACUUUGUUAGAGGGCUUUUUUUAAAAAAAAGUUGAUCCACAGUGCAUCAGAGCAAGUUACUACUUUACUUUUGAGUGACUUACAGGUGCUUGCCUGCAUUGCAAUAAAGGACUCAUAUAUUGAGCAAGACUUAUUUAUCUCUUCGUUUUGGAGAGUCUAAUAAACUGUUAUUACAGUUUCUGUACUGACUUUCAAAGUUUUGAAGUCUAAAAAGACAUCUUUAAAAAUAAAAACAUGAGCACGGCCAGAACAGAGAACCCUGUUAUAAUGGGUCUAUCCAGUCAGAAUGGGCAGUUGAGAGGCCCUGUAAAACCCAGCGGGGGCCCAGGAGGUGGAGGCACACAAACUCAGCAACAGAUGAACCAGCUGAAAAAUGCCAACACAAUCAAUAAUGGCACUCAACAGCAAGCACAGACUAUGACCACCGCUAUUAAACCUGGUGAUGACUGGAAGAAGACUUUAAAACUCCCUCCAAAGGAUUUGAGAAUCAAAACUUCGGACGUGACCUCCACAAAAGGAAACGAGUUUGAAGAUUACUGUUUGAAACGGGAGUUGCUGAUGGGAAUUUUUGAAAUGGGCUGGGAAAAACCAUCUCCUAUUCAGGAGGAGAGCAUCCCCAUUGCUUUAUCUGGUAGGGAUAUCUUGGCUAGAGCGAAAAAUGGAACAGGCAAGAGCGGAGCCUACCUCAUUCCUUUACUUGAACGGCUAGACUUAAAGAAGGACAAUAUACAAGCAAUGGUGAUCGUUCCCACCCGUGAACUAGCCCUGCAGGUCAGUCAAAUCUGUAUCCAAGUCAGCAAACACAUGGGAGGUGCCAAAGUGAUGGCAACAACGGGAGGAACCAAUUUGCGAGAUGACAUAAUGAGGCUUGAUGAUACAGUGCAUGUGGUGAUAGCUACCCCUGGGAGAAUUCUCGAUCUCAUCAAGAAAGGAGUAGCAAAAGUUGAGCAUGUCCAGAUGAUAGUAUUGGAUGAGGCAAAUAAGUUGCUGUCUCAAGAUUUUGUUCAAAUAAUGGAAGACAUUAUUCUCACGCUACCUAAAAACAGACAGAUUUUGCUCUACUCAGCCACUUUCCCUUUGAGUGUACAGAAGUUCAUGAAUUCCCAUUUGCAGAAACCCUACGAGAUUAAUCUGAUGGAGGAGCUGACCUUGAAGGGAGUUACCCAGUACUAUGCCUAUGUAACUGAGCGUCAGAAAGUACACUGCCUCAAUACGCUGUUUUCCAGGCUCCAGAUCAACCAGUCGAUUAUUUUCUGCAACUCCUCUCAACGGGUUGAAUUGCUAGCUAAAAAGAUCUCCCAGCUGGGCUAUUCCUGCUUCUAUAUCCAUGCUAAAAUGAGGCAGGAGCACCGCAAUCGUGUGUUCCACGAUUUCCGAAAUGGCUUAUGCCGCAAUCUUGUUUGCACUGAUCUGUUUACCCGAGGUAUUGAUAUCCAAGCUGUGAAUGUGGUGAUAAACUUUGAUUUCCCAAAGCUGGCAGAGACUUAUCUCCAUCGUAUUGGCAGAUCAGGUCGCUUUGGUCAUCUUGGCCUGGCCAUCAACUUGAUCACCUAUGAUGAUCGAUUCAACCUGAAAAGUAUUGAGGAGCAGUUGGGAACUGAAAUUAAACCCAUACCAAGCAACAUUGACAAGAGCCUGUAUGUGGCAGAAUACCACAGUGAACCUGUAGAAGAUGAGAAACAAUAAACAUGCUUUGAUUACACAUGCCAGAAGGUGAAGCCCUUUGAUCCAGAUCUGUGACACAUCGUUUCUUUGGGGAUACCCUUCUCUUUGUGGGUUUUUCUUCGUCUUUUCAUUUCGGAACUAUGAAGACUAAAGAGCUCGGCCUUUUUUUCUUUUUAAAUUUGGCAGCAAGGAAGAAAGAAGAUAAAAAGAGGAAUGUCUUUUUGUUUUUCCACUUGUUUGCACUGUGUGCUGAUUGAACAUUAGUUGCACUAACUGCUGGUUUUAAAUUUUUUUUUUCUUUGGGUGGGAGGGGCAGCAAGGGAAGAAGAGAAACCCUGAAAAGAGAAGAAUCUUGAUGAACACGAGCUUGUCUGCUAUUUCAAAUUCUUCAACCAUCAACUGAGUGCAUUUCAACUUCUCCCUGGUUACUCAUCUGUUUUUAAGCUAAAGAGCUUGUUACUUAUUCGUGCAAAGUGCCUUAUGCUAUGAGACCAUUCAGAAUAUCACCUUUCCGACACAGCCCAAGGAAUCGACAGCCGUUUUUGGUUUCAGGUCAAAGUUCCCCUCUCUUCCCCCUCUCCUCCUCCCCAAGUACUCAAGCCCAGGGCUGGGAGGUGAAACGUAUUGGUAAUACUACUUUCUUCUUCAACUUUUUUUUUUUUUUUUUUAAUUGGAGGAGUUGAUAUGCAUCUGCAGUUCACCCACACUGUAAAUACCUGUAUUUAAAAUGAAACCAACUUAAAGUCUGGGCUGAUUAGGUGCAGCAUCAUAGCUCCAGAAGGAAAGAGUAGCCUGUCAUCCUUUGCAGGAGCCAUAAGAAAAGCCCUAUGCUCUAGCAGAACACUAAAGACUGGUUUCCAUAAGAGUCUCCAUUAGUAGUUACAGCACUUGAUAUGUAGACUUGUUUCAGAGCCAUGGCCCUCUUUCCUCUGGUGCAGUGUGUCCCAUAGAAAAUCAGAUGUGUAUAUUGUACAAACUUUGUAAAUAUGAUUUUUUUUUUCUGUUUGGGUUCAUAUAUAACUUUUUCUUUUGUGAUGAAGGUUGCUGGGGUUAAAGGGAUUAGACUGAUUAUGGGAGCAGCUAAAGAUGAGAGGGGCUCAGUUUUCUGCAACACUAAACAAUGAGAAGGGCUCUGACCUCUGUGAAGAGCAGGCCUCUACAAGUGUCCCUUGUCAGGGUGGGUUUGCUCUGGUGCUAGCAACACUGUCCUGUACUGCUCGUAUAGAAGAGAUCACUUGGGGGGCUGCAAGGCCUCAAAAUCUGUAGCUCAACCUGUUCACAGAUGCUCUUCGAUUUCCCCCCUAGAAACUUCAGGAACUUGACAAGCUCUGAAGGGGGCCAUGACCUGUGUUCCACCAUGGCAUGAGGGAAAUCCAGUGUGUGUCAGUGUUGCUGAGCAGUAUAUGCGUAAGGCGUGAAUUUGGGUUUAAGAGAGACCAUAGAAAACCAAUUUACAUGCAUAAACUGACAGUUCUGGAGCUUUGUGGGAUUGAUUGACUUCCUGCAGCAUUGUGCAUUUUCUGCCCAGAGUGGCCUCUAUACAGACUUGUGAGCAGGUAAGGGCAAACCCCUGUUAAUGUCAGAAGCUGCAGAAAGCUGCUUGCCAUCUCCUCUGUUUGGCAUGAAUUGCUGUCUGUCAUUUUGCAUUGUAUAUUGCUGAAAAGUGCUUUCUGGUCAAGUAGUGUUGCUUUAAAUUGUGCCCCUCCCAACAUGCUUGAUGUUUGGCCUGAUCUACAGGCAAAAGGAGUGAGAAAUCAAAAACCGUACUCUUUUUAAAUUCCCUUUUAGCCUGUUCACCAACACUGGCAGGAGGCACCUGGAUGAAUGCAGUCCCUUUUGCUCAGUUGUUUAUUGCAUAUACAGAUGCUGCACUCACACCAUGCUUGCUUACCUUUGAGGCAGAAAUUAAUUGUCUUAAUUUCUCCCCAUUUUGACCCUUUUUUAAAUUUGAGUAAAAUUGUUUGGAACUACAAGGCGGACUUACCCAUCCGUUUCCUUGAGGAUCAUAAAUAGAAGCCAGGUGCCUCCUGACAACAAUUUUACAAGAUGGAAAGGUUUUUGUGUUUGGGAUUUUUUUUUUUCCUUUUGUCAGCAGUGACUCCGUAAUUGUAGCAAAUGCUGCACUAGAGUACAAACUCAAGAGCUUGGUCACAGACACUCUGUGAGCCACACAGCUUACAUCUGACUGGCAGGUACUAAAUGUAAACAAUUUUGGGGUGCUUUUUGGGGGUGGGGGGUGGGAGUUUGUGGGUGGUAACUUUGACCAAAAGUAAAAUCUUGCUCUUGUACUGCAGCCAGCUUAUGAUUUUUCCAGAGAGACAGAAGAGGGAUCAUUUUAGUGCAACAAAGACAUGAAAAAUGUAAAUAAAAGUUUUGUAUCUUACCAGGGCAUGCACAUGUAACAAGAACAGGA